AUGGCCACUCCCGAUCUCGGAUCGGUGGCUACUGACGGCGAGGAUACGCCGGACCGCGGACUGUUGCCGGAGGGAGCCAAUGGUGUCGGACCAGCUGCCAUUCCCACCGUCGAGGAAGGACAACCUGUUGAUGUUCUCACUGAUCCCGCCGAGGAUGUAGAGGUCAGAUCCGAAAGCGUGGAUGAGCCACCACCGCCUACGGGUGGGGUGACGCAGAAGGGGUCCAACGGGCUCGAACCGGUUGCCGUUGCCACGGCCGGGGAAGGAGAAGAAGACGCUGGUAUUGUUGCUUCUGCUGCCGAAGCGAAUGUGGUCAGAUCCGAAAUUCUCGAGGAAAAGCCAUCCCCCCCCAGCCCAGGGGGGGAGCCGCUGUCCGUUGGAGGGGGGAGUCAGGCUCUCACGAUGAGGGAGCUGCUGAGCGAGGUGGCGGAACGGAAGGGCCUGGCCAAGGAGAAAUCGACAACGGAGGGGAGCCGGAGAGACGACAACUCUCCUUACAGGUUGGCGAUAGUUUCUUCCUCGACUUCUUCUGGUAUUUAUUCGUUGGGAUGAUCCAAUUCAGGCGACAUCUUAUAGCAGUGUCUCAGUUCAAGGCAGGGAUUAAAAUAUUGUUUUUCAAGUUCAUACAAAGUUGAAUGGCUUUGGUUUAAACAUAUAAGCUUUCCAUAAUUGUCGUCCAUUGAUUCAGUUUCAGUGGAUUCUUUCUAUCUUUCAGUUUGCUAUAUAAUUUUCAUUCCAUUCAAACACCAUGAAUUGUGUAUGUUCUUGGCCUGAAUGUUGCUUCGUGCUUAGCUGAGGGAAUCACUAGUUCAAUCAAGACUAUUACCGGAUGUAAACUUCAAUACGUUAGAGGAUGAAGCUUGCGUGCGUACUGUUUCCUGUCUAUAAAGUUUUCAUUCCAUAAUGUAGAAUCGAGUUGCAUAUUUCUUAUUUAGACGCUGUACAUCGCGUAUGCUCUUGACCUGACUGUUGCUUCGUGCUUAGCACAGUGAAUUCCUUGUAUAGCAUAGAUCAUUUCAUAAUGUAAAUUUUCGAACACUUCGGAGGACGAAAUGUACGUGCUAUUUCUUGUCUAUACGACGUAGAAAGAUAGGGAAAAACUUGGAGAACAUUCGUGUAGUGUUUACAUGAAUCAUUUGAUGGAAUACAUAAAGACUUCAUAGUAGGUAUCAAAGAAAAAGCAAGUUUAUAUACUGAUAACUGAUGAUGCACAGAGGAUGCAUUGGAAAAUGAAAUAGUCAGGUUGCUUACUUUCCAUGAGGAAGUGAGGAAUAAUUAAUGGACUCAGAGGGACGCAAUCCUAAAGCGAAAUACGACAUACUAAAACAUCUGGACUACAAGAUGCAACAAAGGCCAGUAAUUGUUAAUCUCACAAUGAGCAUUGUAUUCAUUUGGCUUUUAACUUCAUUUUCAUUUCCCACGGAAUUUAUUGAGGAUAUUAUGAUAUGUGACUAAUUUCUUCCCAGGAAAAUAAUUCAAUACUAAGCACUGAUCAGCAAUAUCUCUUAAAACUAAACACUGAUCACUGAUCAGCAAUGCUAAACAUGCCUCUUAAAAUUUUGAAAAUAAUUUUUUUUAUCACGAAGAAAGAGGCAGGAAGAGGGAUAGAAUUGUUUGCUUGGUAGGGAAAGACUUACUUUUUUCUUACAUAUGUGGAGUCUGAUUCCUUGGGAUCGGAUCUGUCUUCGAUCUAACAUGUCAGAAUCCUGUUGGAGUUAGUAGAGUUCGAUUUUAUCAUGUAAUCUGUUUUGCCCUUGUUUCAGAAUUUUUUUGGUUUAUCAUUGACUUUUUCUUUAUCCUUGGUCAGGUUACCUGGUCUCCUUGUAUUAAAUGGUGAUGACUUCUCUUAUAAUUGUAACUGAUUCACAUAAUUUAAUUGAAACAAUCAUGGAUGCGUAUCAAACUUAAGCAUGUAAUAUUCGAUAUUAAUGUAUUUCAUCCUUCUCCUAUGAAUCAUUGGUGUUCUGCUCCUGAACCCCACCCCGUCAAAGGUGAAGUGACAUGUUUUGGCCUUUUUUAUGGUGUAAGAUGUGAUAGCCGCUCAAAGUACUCAAGAUUACGGAAAAUUGUCCAUCCGAAAAGUCCUGACCCUUUCUUUCAACCUGCCCUAAAUGAAUAAACAGCCUUCUAUUAUAAGGUUUGCUUCGACUUUCUGCACAACAUUCAUCUGCGGGUGGGGAUAACCACUAGUAAUUUUAAAAACUGUGAUGUGAAACCCAUCUGCAAAGAACCAAGGUCGUUUUAAAACGAAUAAAAGAUUGAACACUAUUUGAACUUAGUAUAUUAAAAAAAAUAAUGAAGUUAAAAAACAUCACUGGUGACAUGGAAAAGUACAAGAAUUGGGCAGUUAAUCGUAUACUAGAGAAGUCUCUAGGAGGAAAAAAAAAUCUUGCCUUCUUAUAAUAUUGGAGCAGGACGGAUUUCUUUGGUUCCAUGUGUCAGUUUCAUAUGCCAAUUUUUUAUAAAGCCAAAGUGCUCUGUUGUUGAUGUCCUGAACCUUUUUUUUGUACUUUUGAAAUAUUGAUCUAUUUCUCUCCCACCAAAUCAUAUAAAGAUGCAUAGGAAGCUGUGAAAAUGAUAAAUAUCUUUUCCACCCAGAAGGCAACAAAAACCUACCCACCUUUUCAUACCAGAAGGCCGUCUCAAGGGUGAUAUUUUUUAACAUUACAUAAAUGUUCUCCCUCAUAUAGUUAUACUUAGUCAACUCUUUUUUGAACUUUAACAUUUAUAGAUUAAUCCAUGUAUAAAACAUUUCAGUAGUAUAUGAUCUUAGACCUUUAGGAUUUUAUUUGAGAAAUUUGGUUCUAUUUUUACCCAUUUCUGGUAUCCAUUGAGAUCAGUUUUGUGUCUACUUGUCUUUUGGUGAUCAUGAUCUCGAAAGCCUUGGAAACAUUACUGGUUAAACUUAAAAUAUCCUUCGUGGCUCCAAUCCCUGUUAAGGAAUUUAUGACCAGCUCAUCUUGUUAACUGUGGAGUGCUGGUGACAGGACAGCAGCCGAAUAAAGUUACUAGAAUCUUUUUGGACUUAGGUAAAAUCAAUCGGAUGGCCUAGUUUGAUGUAUCAAACUUUGAUGAUGGGUUUUGUUUCUUCGUGUACAUUGGAUGUUAUGUGGGUUCAUUUUAAGUCAAUUUUUUUUGGAAAUAUUUUUCUUCUGAUUAGGCGUUGUUGUUGCUUAGGAUCAUCAUCAACUGAAUAAUGUAUGUGCUCGUUUUCCUCUGAAUAUUUGUUAUCAGUACGGAUAGCCUACGUCAGCAAUUUAUGGAUCAGAAUGAUGCUGCCAUGGACUUGAUUAGUAAUGUUCCAGGCAUAAAUGAGGAGGGUCGUUCUCGCCAAAGAAUACUAACUUUUGCUGCUAGAAGGUAAUAAUACAGGAGUGUGUAAUCCAUAGGUGCAUGCCUGUUUUGCAGUAUUGUUUCUUUUCAUGUAAACUGAAAAUUCGUGUACUGUGUUACUAUUGAUAACUAUUUUAAAAUGAUAGUAUCAUAUGCUCCAGUAUAUUUUAAAGUGAAAACUCUUAGUUCAAUUGAUAUUUUUAUGGAGCCUAUUAAUCAUAUUGAUAAGUAUACAGUUACCUAAGCUGUUGUUACUUUUUACCUUUAAAUAAAUUUGUGAGAUGUAACAAGUAUUGAAUUGUUUGCUGAUUGACCUUCUAUCAAUCAUACGGGUUUCAAAUUGCUUAUUGGCAUUUUAACUGUCUAAAUAAUGGUAUUUUUUCUACGAUUUACAUGUUCAAAUUCAUAGAAUCUUCUGAAGGCAAAAAAUCGGAGAACAUCAUGUGUUAUUUUUGUUCCUUAGGUGCUGGAUGGGGAUGGUCAAGAGUCAUGUACUGCCAUAAUUACCCAAUUCCAUGAUUUACUAUCGUACUUUUGAAAGUUCAUUUUGCUAUUUGGUUGAAACCCAUCUCCUAUUUAAUAGGUUUGAGAUUGGAUGCCACAGAUCCCCUUAUCAACAUGAACGUAAACAUGCAUUCAUAGUGUCAUAGUGCAACUGACGUGAUCAUUCCUUAUUUAUACAAGUAUGGGAAAUUUGGACCAUAUUUCUUCAGUUAUAGAGGUAUUUAUGUGUCCUGAAAAGAAAGACUGAAAAUAGAUGAUGAUACCACUCUUGACCACAAGUGUCAUCUACAACGUACAUAUUGACAUGGCCAUUGGAUGGACUGCUAUGGUAUGAUUCUUAAAAAAAAAUCGUUAGUCGCUAGGGGUCAUUUACCUCUUAACAGAAAACUUUACAAGUACAGCAAUGGAUCAAAACCAGACCUUUAUACAUGUAAUGGGCUCAAUCAUAUUCUUUAGUACAACCAGUAUUCAAUUGUCGAUAGUCCAUUGGAUGAUUUUUAUGAAGGAUAAGUUAUACAUCUUCUAGACAUUAUUAUAAGAAAUUUCAGACAACGAUUAUCGAGUAAUCUAAUGUAUAAACAACCAUUCAUCAUAAACCAUAAGAUUCCAUAGUCACAAUUUCGAUUAUAAAUCAAGAGUCAUCUGAUGAUUGCUAUUUCUACAUUUCUCCGUCAUUAAAAUUAGGAAGGCACUCUUUGAUGUCCUUGAAAGUAUAUGGUCUCAGUCAUGUAUCAUAUUUGUUUUGAAUCUUCUUUAUUCUUCUUCAUCUUUUCUAGUUCUCUCUCUUUCUUGGAAACGCUGAAAUCUGUACAAUAUGCACUGUAAUGUAAAUAGUUCAAAAAGAUGAAAGGAGCCUUUUGCCAAGUUUCACAAACAUCAAUUCUUGAGUGGUCCCUUAGAACGGUGACUUCCGGUUUCCACUCGAUAAAGUGAUGGUCUUUGCAUCUAUCAAGAAAGAAUUUUGAGCCAGAUUCUCCUUCCUCAAUCUUGAUUGAGGGUUCUAAUUAGUUAGGUCUCACGCAAAUGCUUGCUAACAACACAUUCCUUUUUACUGUUUUACAAUGGACAGCGGAAGUUUAUCUGAUUCCUUACUGAAGGUAUCUGCAUUCGCAAGCACAAGUCUGGACACUCUUUUCCUUGUUGAAAAACCUAGUGUCGAUGUGUCUUCUCUGCUGUCCACCUUGGCUGUGUCAGAUGCAAUGCCCUUCUUCUGCUUCAAUAUAUCUGUGAGAACAAUAAAAACUUUGGCCAAAUCAUUUGGUUUCUGGUUUCUUUAUAACAGUUCUGAUCGACCAAUCUAAAAAGGUUUUGAAACUUUUCUUUGAAUCCUCAAUUAGUUAUCCAACAAAAAAAUUACAGUAAUGAUAAUUUCAUUUCUAGUUUCAUAACAAAGGCAUAGACUCUCAAAUCUCUGUUAUACUACAAACUGGACGGCUUACCAGAUUACUGACCUUAAAAAUUGCAGCUAAUGAUAUAAUAUAUUGCUUGGCAAUAGUUUGACUCCUUAGGAUUCGUUGUAUGGUUUGUCUUUCUCGUACAUUGAUUCUGAGUAACUGCGGUAAUGGCUUACAUAUUGUUUCAUUGAGAUUGUCCCGCAUAAACUCAUCUUUAUGCAAACUUUUGCUGUUGUAGGUAUGCUGCUGCUAUAGAGAGAAAUCCAGGGGACCAUGAUGCAUAUUACAACUGGGCAUUGGUCCUUCAGGUUAAGCUUGGGUUCUCUUAUGUACUUUAUAUCGGGGGUUGUGGGUUCCCUGAUCAUUUUAUGUAUACUCUUUCCAUCCAUGGAGAGGACCCACAAAAUGUUUUAUAGGAUGAGCGAAAAAUUAUGGAGUAGGUUCCUUGCCAAGAUACGGCAGGCUCUAUGCUAGUUAUAUGGACCUCUAGAUUGUUCUGCAUGCAAGGUCACAUCUUUUUUUCCUAUGAGAUUGGGCUAAGGUUUUGGAAUCAAGAUUGGCAUAAGAAUGGAUUACUGAAAGUCCCUUUUCCAUUACCCAUUAUUAUCUGAAUUUUUGGGUUAUUUAGGACUUCGACUUAGAAACUGGAUUAAGAUGGUUGGAUUGGUAGCCUAGGAAAAAGAAUGGUUUGGGUUACUGGAAAAAAUGUGAAUCCAACACACUGUCACCUGUAAAGAUGGAUUGGGUGUGGAGCGUACCAGAUUGAUCUAGUAGAAUGUGUUUUUCCAAAAAGAAACCGUCACUCCACCAUUGUCAAUUGGUUUUGACUUGGAUGGCUAAUUCUGCAGCAACACCGGUGGUACCAAUGUCUAUACUUUAAUCAACUUUGAAAUACAAUCUGACUCAUGAAAACUUUGCACCUCUGUAGAACAGUUCUGCAGGGUUUGAAACAUCGACAUUGCAGUCAACAGAACUGAUCUGCAUAUCUCUGGGGGAAGCGAAUAAAAGAAUAUGCAAAAAGGGAAAGAAGAAAUAUGGAAAGAAAGAAAAAAGAAUGGAGAUUUUACCCAAUUAUCUUUCAUGUUCUUGUCUGGAUAUCCUGGAGUCCUGGGUUAGGGUAAUAGAGCUUUUGUUUAACAUGAAGUCGCUACUCAUGUUCAAAUGGUUCUCCAUGAGAUGUCGUAUGCAGAAAAAAAUCGUCUUCAGUAUCAGAACCUUGAAACUUUUAAUUUACCAUUCCUUAUCCUUAGUAUUGGACAAUGGAUCAGUCCUCUUAUGUAAUUUGGGAGAAGACUGAUUCACCUUAACCUUAUGAUUUGUAAAGAUUUAAAUUGGUCCCGAAUGUAGAAUGGAAUGGCGAAGUCAAUAAACUGAAUAUCGCUUAUUUAUGUACUUUUAUUCAAUUUUUCAUGAUUUUUUGGCCCACAUAUUCCUAUUGACUUUUGUCAGUGGAUGUUUUGAAUUAGAAUGAACAAAUCUAAUUGAAUUAGCAACCUGUUAGUGUCCCAUCUUAUUUCUUGUCACUUUCAUCUACCUUUAUUCUCAAGUUCUUAAGCUAUUAUUUUUCAAACCUCCCAUUUAGGUAUCUCCCCUCGUUCUGCUUGUUAACAGGAUGAUAGCAGUUGCUAUUAUAAUGCCAGAAGGAAAAAAGGGAAUGCUUCAAAAUUGAGAACAGCUUAUUGUCUUCCGAAGUGUUGGGGAGAAGUGUUUUAUAUGAUGAUAAGAUUGAUAUGUAGGAUGUAGAGGCUCACAUCGACUUAAAUUUUCUUCAGAACUCAAUGCGAUUUGCAAGUAGAGUCGAGAAUCUAGGGAAAAAUAGCUAGAAAUUUGGUUGAAUUUGUUAUACAGCCGCAUGCACUUAGCCACAGUCAAAUCUUUUCGAUUUACUUUGAAUAAACAUGAUAAAGACUAGUGUAAGGAAAAAGUAUAUUUUUACAAAACGCAACUAGCCCAGCCUUGACGCGUAAAAUUCCCUAUGCUUUCAACAUAAAAAGAGUUUAUAGGCUGCUGGAAUGUAUUCCAUUUCAGUUUCCUUGAUAUCAGAAUUGGUGGAAUUAAUAUUGUUUUCUCUGUAAUUGGGUGAUUGGAUCCCCCAAAAACUUGAGAAGAGACUCAAUACUCUUCUUGAACCUUCGGAAGGUUAUGCAUAGUCUUUGUAUGUGGCAUUUUCAGGGUGAUAUAUGUGUGCAUAGGACUGGGUAUAGGACAUGAUGAAAAAUUUGUUUCUCUUUUCGAACCUAUAGUUUGGGGUUUGCCGAUUUCCAUCUUUACUCAGUAUGAAAUUUAGUACCAUCUACCCUAAAAAGGCUCAUUCUCACAAUCUGAGUCUUGUUUAUACUGUAGCUAGAGAUAUCCUGUUUUCGAUAUAUUUCACGAUCGUUAAACCUUUGUAUGAAUGUGUGGAAAAGUACUCUUAAUUUUACGAGGGUUAUGUGUCAUUAUUUUUGGCUUAUGCUAGCUAGCAAAUUAGUUGCCAUUUUUUCUCUCAGUUUGUAUUCCAGUUGCUGUAAUUACUUCUGCUGCUUACCACAGAAUUCAAUGGAACAUUUUUUUCCCUUCAACUUCUUCUGACCUUGAACUUCAUGUAGUUUUUUUUCAUUUUCAUAAUACCAUGUCUUUCUCCUCAAAAGAUGGAUUGUGGAACAUCAAAAAAUUUCCUCUGUUUGUUUGACAUUUUCUUCUGUGGUGUCCGUUCAACAAGCUGCAUUCUAAUGAUUUAUUUCGUUGCAGGAAAGUGCUGAUAAUGUUAGUCCAGAUUCUAGUUCAACCUCAAAGGAUGCACUACUUGAGGAGGCUUGCAAGAAAUAUGAUGAGGCCACUCGACUUUGUCCUACGCUUCAGGAUGUGUGUUUCUUUUCACAUAUAUUGUUUUUCAUCGUCCUCUGAGUCUUUAAUACCUGCUUGGAACUUGAUUUCAAUCUUCAAGAAGAUUGUAUAUACUCUUUUCUAUAUCUGACCGAUUUUGCAUGCAUUGUUUUACUGGUAAUUUUUAUGUUUGACUUGAUAUUUCUUUUCUCAUCAUAUUUAAUUUCAUAACAAGGCUUUGCAAUUUCGAGCUAUGCUCGCUUCUUAAUGGUUACUGAUCAUUGUAUGUUUUUAGGCUUCUUACCUAUAUUGAAUUCCUGAUGCAUGUUUUCUUGGUCUUCCCUACAAGUAGUUGUUGAUAUCAGGGCUGCUUAGUCAUUCAUACCGAUAUUUGUUCCUUAUUUUUGAGAUUGUCAUCAACUUGUUCUACCUUAUUAACCUCUUAUGCCAUUUAUGAAUUGGAAUGUUUUACAUGGAUUCUUCUUCUUUCUAACUGGUUAUGGUGGUAUCGACAUCUCUGCAUUUCCUUGUGGUAUUUUUGGUAUAGGUUACCGGCAGGUUACACAGAAUAACGAAAAAAGAAAGGUUAAGUAAUUUGCAGCUCACAAAUAUAAUCUUAGGGGUGUUUAUCAAGGUGAGAGAGUUAGGUCACCAAGUACCCUCCUUUUCCGUAAACAUUAGCCAGUCAUAGUUUGUGCACCUUUUCCUUUUCCAUUGAUCACAAAAUAGAACAAGGUUCCUAGUCCUUAUCUUUUUAGAUAAGAAAUCAUUGUGAGGAAAAAUGGACAGUUUUAUAAUAUUCAAUGCAUUCCAGGGAUAUUUCCUUCUGUUGGUACAUUCCUUGUAAUUGCUGCCCUUAUUCUUUGCAACAGAUUGCUUUCCCCUUUAAAAUUGGAGAAUUUGUUCCAUUUGGUAAUUGGAUAUCUUCAUGUUGAAACUCAUUCAAAGAAGAUCUAACAUAACAUGCAUACCACAUUACUCAUCCUUCAUAGCAGAGAAAAGUUGAUCAGUUCACACAGCAUUCUUUCUUACAACUGACUGCAUAUUUAGACAGUUUCUCAUGUUGAAACCUUCUCUAACUUACGAGGCCUCUCUUUCCUCAAGACUUGUUUUGCUCAUGGCUCUUUAUUUUUUCUCCCUAAAAAAAUUGCAUCUGAUGAUUGUACUUGGUGUUUUUUCCAUUUCUCAUCUUUAUAAUCUCUUCCUCUCAUGCUGUCAAUUUCUUCCUUUCUCUCACUCUCUAUGAUCUUCAUCUCGAUCUCUGACGUACAUGAUAUGCUUGAUUUUCUGUUAUCUACUUUCAAAGUCAUAUUUAUUGAGUUAUCAAUUUUUGCUCAGUACUCAAAAAUUUUCGUUCAUCAGGCAUUCUAUAAUUGGGCCAUUGCAAUCUCUGAUCGGGCCAAAAUUCGUGGUCGUACUAAGGAAGCGGAGGAACUAUGGAGACAGGCAAAUUAUUAAACUCAUGCUGCUGCAUAUGUGCUGCAUUAAUAGAUUCAAUUUCUGGAGUGCGCCAACAUGCUUUGAUAGGGAAUUGUUUUUGCUAGGGGUCUAAUCGUUACUGCAAAUCGAACCAACAUGCUAAUACUCAGAUCGCCCAACAGUGUCUUUUUAUAAGAAUGAUCAAGAUAACUUAUAUAGACUAGGCGCAGGGAGGACUAAAAUUAUUGGACAGAAAGAAUGUUGCAUAUUUUGUUAAUUAUAUAUCUAGAUAUAUACAAUCAUCCAAGUUCAUGUCAUGGUUUAAUUUAUGUUAAAUUAAACGCCAGAAUCUAUGUAGCUUUGAUACCGUGAAUAAAUAUGGGCAUGAGGCAUAUCUAUCACCCAGUCAGGCUUUCUUUUUCAGAGUUACCCAGAAAUUAUUAUAUAUAUUUUUUUUCAAAUUUUUCUUUGAUUCUAGUCUACUCAUUUGAUUUGCCCUCGGACAUGAAAGCAAGGUUUUCUGGUGACUUUCCAGAAUCACCGAAAUUUUAGAUAACACAUUCUGCAGUUCUUUUUUCUUUUUUUUCAGUAUUUGCCAAAUAUGCAAGUUUCUAAACGUUCUGACCUGCGGAAGGUUCUUUUACUAUUAUUUAUCAUAUACCGGCCAAGAGUUUCAUGAAAGUACGGUCUACCAGUAGAAUAUGAUGUGGAUGUGGAGGUUUGAGUACCAGUGAGGUUUAGAAUAACACAUUAUUGCUUUUUGUUUGCAGGCAACUAGAAAAUAUGAGAAGGCCGUUCAACUUAAUUGGAAUAGCCCCCAGGUAUACAUUCUUCUAGUUACUGUGAGAUUCAUGUGUAUUGCUGUGCUUUUAACAGGAUCUACUUAUGAGAGUCAUUUUACUUAUGGAAAGAACUGAAUUCUGUUUAUCCAUAUGUUCGACAGAAAAUAGAAAAUAUAGACCUUGAAUCGAAUUGGAUGUUUCUUCACUUUGUGAUGUCUUAGUCUUUAUAGUUAUUAGCCCCAACAUAUCAUGUCUUCUGUAUUCACUUGUAGAAACCAUUCUAAGAGCUGUAAAUUCUGUAGUAAAAGGCUGCAGCUAUACAAAAGUGCAUGACAUGUUCCUUGAUUGACAUGAGAUGGGUCGCUAUUUUUCCUUUCGUUACCACAAUUUUAUCAAUGAUAAUAAAUGGUGUACAAUUUUGAAAUCAAAAGCCCUGGGAGAUCGUCCGUACUUUUUUCAAGGAUUCUGAAUAAUUACAGAUGCUGAUGCGUCAAAUAUUUGCCCUGCGUUGCAUGAUCACUCUGUUUCAUGCGAUGGAAAGUCGUAAUCAUGUUUUGUUCAUUUUGAUUUUCUGUUUUAAUUCUCGACAAAUGCUUAAUCCUUUGCUUCAUUGGACAAUAAAAGUUCCUGCACCGUGAGUAUGUAUACAUUUAUUGAGAAGGAUGUGCAGAGUAACCCUUUCUUUUAUAUAUGCAGAUGCAAAUAAGCGCUAAAAUAACUUUUCAUUCCUUUUCUGCUAGAAGCUGGUGUUUUGGUUAUGAUAUGAAUGUAGCGAAGUGCAGAUAAUUUUCCUUGGUUUGAACUUGUUACCUGGCUCUUCUUAGGAAUAAGAGUAAUAUAAUAUUUGAGGACGUUGAGAAUAUCAUUGUAUUCAACUUGGUACUUCUUUAGUCUGUUAAUUGUAGCAUUUGGACGGAUAUAUGAUAGUAAAUAUGGAUGCUCUAUCUAUAUGAAGGAAUGUUUUUUGGAAGAUCCCUAGCAUUUCAGAUAGCAUAUUUUGAUCUUCGUCAACCGUCACAAAAUUGUUUCUUCUUGAAGCAAGACUGCAUCAAGAGGUAUCUGGAAUAUUGAAAUUAGAAAGAUGCCACGCGUAGCUCUUAUUUAUGGAAUGGAUUAGUACAUUGGGUGGCAUUCACUCAAGUGAAGGAGAUGAUAGCUUGAUAAAGAACAAGGAAUAAAGUAAGUUCUCAAAAGUUAAACUUUAUGUCAGAGCUUUUGAGAACAAAGGGUGUAAUGUUUGGAGUAAAAAUAUUUCCCCUGUCAUGAUCUGUAUCAAAAUUAAGAUUCUUUAUAUUAAGACGGCUUAAUAUCGAACAAGUUGAUCACCUUCUCAUAAAGUUUAGAACUGUCAAUAUCACAUGGCAAACACUCUCAAUUUCAUGGAGUUGAUCUGUGAAUCUCUUGAUGCUGGACUGGCGAAGGGGUCUGUGCCUAGUUGAAUCAGCCAAAUAUAAGUUUUCAGAAAAUGAUCCUCCCUGCUGCUGUGCUCCGUACUGGGAGAGAAACAGUGGUCCGUUAUGAACGAAUUAACUUGAUUCUUAGGAUACUCUGGAGAAAACAAUUGUCUUCUUGAGGUCUCAGUAACUUUAAGAAUGUCCAAAGAGUCGAAUUUGCUUCAGAAAAUCAGGGAAUGACAAAAUUAACUUACCAAAGCUAGUAAAAUCUAUUUUAUCAUCGUGUAUCAUGUGGAUGUUCUGUCGUCCUGAUACAAAUGCCAUCCUGAGGAGAAAACAUCUACAAUGUGCGUAGUGCAUCCCUUGUCUUUAAAUGCAUCAUGAUCUGGACUUUCCGUCUGUUGAUCUGAAGAGAAAAUUUCCUUUAUUUCCUUUACUUUUCCUUUACUUUCACAACAAUCACCGUUGAAUAAACACUCGCAUACCGUCCAUCUAGAUCUGUUCUUUGUGGGCUUUCCUAUAAUCUCUCUUUCCAUCAUUUAUUUAAGCCAGGUAUGGCUUUCCUGAUUUUCAUUGUAUUGUUUGCAACAGGCACUUAACAAUUGGGGACUUGCUUUACAAGUAAGUGGAUUUGACAAGACCGUAUACCAUUAAAUAUUCAUGUUAUCAACGUUUUUGUCAGUCAACUGUUUCUGUUAACAUUUUUUUAUAGUAGCCGUACCUGUUGUCAGUGUCUGAACAUACUUUACAGUUUUGGUUCUUUGAAUUAUGUAUAUAUCAUGAUGAAUUGUGAUUUUGCCAUUCAGGAACUCAGUGCCAUUGUUCCUAUUCGAGAGAAACAGACUAUUGUGAAAAGUGCAAUAAGCAAGGUAAAAGAUUGUGUUUUCUAAUAAUUUUAGAAUCGUUUAUACACGUAUAUAUUUCUUUUGGAAAGAACCAUAUAUUUCAAUUGCAUUAAUUUGUGUAUUCUCCUAAUGUGCCAGUUCCGUGCAGCCAUUCAGCUACAGUUUGAUUUCCAUCGGGCAAUUUACAAUCUUGGCACUGUUUUGGUGUGUAAUAACUCUCCCCAAACCUGUAUAAUUUUAGCGCCAUUAAGUCUAAUAAAUUACUUUGUGCUUACUGUUUUUUUUGGUGUAGAUUUUUUUUCUACCCUCAUCCACUCGGAAAUAAAGCUUAUUACUAAUUUUCUGGUUAUGUACUUAUGUGUACUCUCCAGUAUGCCUUAGCAGAAGAUACAUCAAGAUCCGGAAGACCAAUUAAUGCGAAAGAAGUUUCUAAUGAACUUUACAGCCAGUCAGCUAUCUAUAUUGCAGCUGCUCAUGCCCUGAAGCCAACAUACUCGGUAAUUUCACAUAUUGCUUCUUGUUCAUGACGACGUGAAAAUUUAUAUCCGUACAAAGAGUUGAUUCUCUGAGGAUAUUCUGGGUGAACGUGCGUGCAUUCCCUCCCUCCUCUCUCCCCCUCUACCACCACCCAAAUCCCCCCUCUUCCCCCAAAAAAAAUGAAAAAAGAGGGGAAAAAAGUAACAGAUUUAAGACAAGGGUUCUCCCAUAAAUCUCACAAAUAACCAAGUCCUUGAUACCUUUGCUUUCGUUUUCGUAGAAGUGUCACUGGGAAUAUUAAGAUUUAAAAUGCCUGUGAAAGAAUAUGUUUGUUUAUCUUGAUGAAAUGCACCCAGGUUUCUGUAAUUUCGAGAAUCUUUACAGUUUUAGAGGAAUCAUCUGCUUUUUGUCGUUCACCACCUCAUUGUUAAACAAAUGUGCCAGCUAUUUGGACGCCUUUUUCUUCUCUAUUAUUUUGGACUCCUUCACCUGUUCUUUAUUAAUAUUUGAAUACAACAUCAUAUCUAGGUCUGUUCUCAAGGGAGAGAAUUUCGAUGUUAAGCACUCAUGCAUCUUCAUUCUUUUUAUUGAUUCGUACCUGAAACCAAUCAGUAUACACUACCUCCAUUUUUUGGCAUUAAUAUUCCUCUCAAGUCUCUGCAUGAAAGGAUAGCCUGUUUUUAAUUUUGUACACAUUUUCUUGUCCCUUAACCGUAUUUAUAAUUUUUUUCAGGAAACUAAUAUUUUAUCUGUAACUGCAUUAUGCAGGUUUAUCGUAGUGCCCUGAGACUUGUUCGGUCAAUGGUCAGUAUUGUCUUUCCUAAAGGAGUUUUCUUUUGUUGCUUUUAUUUGUGAAAGGAAGUGGAACUUCUCAAGAAUAUAUUCGGAAGAAAAUAACAACCAUGACUACUAUGAGCUAGUUCUCUAAAUUAUUUUUACAUGGCAAUAAUUUAGACUUGGACUGAUACACAUUUAUGUUUUAAUAGGUAACUCGGAAAGUUGGUAUUCAUACACAUCUAUGUUUUGAUUAAUGGUUGUAUGAACCACAUUCAUGUGUCCACGAUCAAAUGAAUAGCUCACAAAUGAGAAAGCAUGUUAUCCAAAUGUGUUCUUGUUAAUCAUUUUUUAUAUCAUGUUUUGUUUUCAUUUUAUUUCCGACGUUUUGGGUACCACAUGGACCAUCACUUAACUAAACAUUUUUCUUUAGCCUAUUCUCUUAUUCUUUUCCUUAUAUUUUUAAUUUAUCAUAGUUUGCGUAUGAAAUUGCAGUUCUAAUUUCAAGGUCCUUACUGAUUUAGCAGCAAUAAUCUCUUGUUUUUGCAAAAGUAUAAAGCCUUUACUUUUAUAGUAGAACCAAUUUCUUUAUACGUUAAUCUAUCAUAUCUUUUUAUUAACUUGCUCUCCUAGUAUUGUACCUUCCAUUAUUGAAUUACCAAUAUUCGGUGCCUUUUUAGCAAGCAGUUUUAGAACCUUUGGAAACUUCUAUAGUAAGCAAGAUCUCAUUCUGUUGAAAAAUACCGUGGAUGAAUAACAUACUAUGAAACUCAACGAUUUUGGCAGAUUGAUUCGAUUGUGAUUUUUCAUUGUGAGUGGCGUUCCUUUUUGCAGCUUCCACUUCCUUAUCUCAAGAUGGGAUACUUGACUGCACCCCCAGCAAAGAACCCAAUAGCCCCUCACAGAGAUUGGGAAAGGUCAGCGUUUGUUCUGAAUCAUGAAGGUAUCCAGCAGGUUAGUUUUUUAUCUGGUUCCAUUAGUGCAAGGAUGCCUUGUUUUGUUUAUUGUUAUGGAAAUUCUGUGUUUGAUGAAUUUGAACUCGUCUCAGUGUUAGUGUGUGCUGGGUAUUUUUUUGAAUGCCAAAGCAAUUGUAGAAGUAUCAAGAGCACUUUACAGAAGAGCAGAAACAUAGGUUUGGCAUCGUGUUUCGCCAUCAAUGCACUUGUAAAUCUGAAUCCAUCAGUUUUGACUAACUCUGAAUAUAUCGUAGAAUAUAUGAAUGCAAUUUACUAAUCACAUGAAUCAUUACAUUGACGUUAUGAGAAGAACAUGAAAAAAAUGUGAUGCACCACGAUGUGGGCACAUUUGAAUGCCUGAAUCAAGACAAAUGAUUUGUCUUCUCUGAUAGUGAUAGCUUGUCUGUCUGUUUGUAAGGAAUUAUACGUCCUUCCACAUAUAAUGGAUUGUUACAGAAAUUAUACGAGUAAGUUGAAUAUUAAGAUCUCAAUUCCCUUGAACAUUCAAUGUGGCGUUCUUCUACUGGUUAAUGAUAGAUGUUCUAAGAAAAGUAGCAGCCAAUUGUUGUUUUACUUUCAAGAAGUAAUGACUGACAUUGCAGAAGAGUCUUCUGGUAUAAAUGUAAAAGCAUGUCAAUAAUCAAGCACAUAAAAUGAAUAUCUAAAACAAUGCUGAACUUUGAAGGAAAAGCGCGGGUCCCGUUCAAUAUUAAACUAAAAUUGGGGGUAGAGGGCGGUUAUAAAUUCCAACACAGUAAUUGGAGUUAAUGCCUCUGAGCACACCAUACUCAUCAAUAAAUUGUGCCACCUACAACGGUUAGAAAUAACAUCUUGAGACAUUUUCUCAGAAUAUUAUUAUCGAUGUAGUCUAUCUGCCUGUUUUUGAAAAUUAGCAAUCUUGAAUCUUGCGCUUUCUAUGAAUAUAUAGAUAUCGAUCUCUGCUUCCUUCUUAAACCCCCAAUAAUUGAUUCUGUCAGUGUUAAAAGGAAACUACUAAAGUUCCCGAAAAAUGCAGCUCAUCCAUGGUAUCUCAUUUUGCUUACAGUUCAUUAUGGCUAUAGCUAAUUUUCCAUGAUUUUUUAUUUAUUCAAAUUCGGAAAGUAGAUCUGAGGACUUUCUCUAGUUUGUAAAAAAUGAAAUAUCAAUCAAUAUUUGUGGGGACAACCAAUUUGCUUUUACUAUAAGGUAGAGUAUAAACUGCUUGAUGAUGGUGUCUACAUGGGGAGUGUUUUAUUCGCAUAGCUUUGCUAUGCCUAUUAAGAGUAUGUCAUCUAUGUAAAAUCUUUUUACCUAUAAUAUAUGAGGCUCUUCAGGCUCAAGUUUGGCAAGAAACUUUUCUCUUUGAGCCACUGUUUUCUCUCAUCAAUCUCCCCUUCUUCUUCAUUAUUUUUCUUUAAUCGUUAUUUGUGGAAUACUAAUAAGUUAUUCAUAUUAAUUUUUUAAAAAAUAGUUUUAGGUGAUUAUGAGAUUGUCCUAUAUUGGUUAUUACAAAAAUAAAAUUGUGAUGGUAACACGGCCGACAUUAGUUAUUUUCAAUUAAUUUUGAGCGGGAUGGGCCAAUAAUGCUAACUUGGUACCAGUCAUGAUUGUAGCUCUUGAACUGCAUGUGACAUAGGUCCGAAGUUCAGCUUGCAUGUGAUGGGGCAUCUCAAGAAUAGUCAUGUGUUCCUUAUACCAAAAGUAAAACUACGAUUGUAUGAUGGGCCCGCUCCACUCACUGCCAAUUGGCUUCCUUUUGGAUGGCCCAGUUACUCCGACAUUCAGCAACUAUUCUAUCUGGAUGAUUCUCAGAAAUUUAUCCUCUCUUUGUAAUUUUGCAGGUCUUUAAAACUGAACCAAAGCAAUUAUCACAAAGCCUUUCAGGAAGAAUAGAAGGCUCAAUAAGCACUGACAAAGCCCCAAUCAAGAUCGAUGUUGCGGAUAUUGUUUCUGUAUUUCCAUGUACAGAUCUUACACUGCCCCCUGGUGCAGGCCUCUGUAUAGAUACCAUACAUUCGCAAGUCUUCUUGGUAAGUAUAGGAUUGGCCUUCGAUAAAUUUUAGUACCUAUGAAAUGCUAUUAUUUCUUCGUGAAGUGUGUAUUUUAUCUAUAUGAUUAUAUUAAAAUGAGAAAUAUCAUUCAUUCAAUCAUCUCUAAGGAUUUUUCUGGAUUUUCAGAUAUGAUAAUUUUUCAUGCAAUAAACCAUUUAAUGUAAGAAAAAUACCAGAGAAAGCAUAUUCGCCCUUAGAAGUUUGUUGGUAUAUUUUGUGCCGGUGUAUUCCCUAUUUCACCUAGCAAGGUCGGCUGACUGAGAUUUUGUUACUGGGGUACUUUUGAAACCUGAGUGAAUCAGUUUUGUAUGAUUCGGAUGAGUUAAAGCUACGGAUAUGAUCUUCAGAAAUAUGUGAAUGAAUUGUUCGUGACUCAGUCUAAGUUGCUAACCAAGCGUAGGACACGUGACUUUACUAUAGUCAGUUUAAUCCAUGCAAGUAUUCCCAAACUCGACAAAAAUGAUAUCAUUGUCCCUCCCCCUUCUCCAAAUCUCUCACUCUAUCUUUCUCACAUGUACACACACACACAUACAAACAAAAUACGCAAAGGAGAUAAGAUGAUGAGCUGCUGACGCCAAAGACACUAGCGAGAUUAUGGGUUGGAAAAUGUAUUAGAGCAAAUAGGAUGAUAAUGGGUACAGUCUCUCAUCUCUCUUAUUACGUCGUCUCAAUUCCCAUUGUAUGCCAAGUACUGUAGCAGUUCAGUUUAACCAUACAAGGAUAAACAAUCGGGAAAAAGCUUCUCUUUGUUAAAUCAUAGAACAAUUGCUAGUUAUGUCCAAUAACCCUUGCCAGAAAAAAGGAAACUGCCUUUGUUAAGGAAAUUGGUAAACUAGGAAACUGACCACAGAAACUAACUCCUAAUGACACAUUUUUUCCCACGCUCUCUCUCAUGCUGCUGAAUAUGCAUUCUCUAUUCCCAGCUUGGAAAUAGUACACUGAAAUACCAAACUACUUAAUCCUUUGCAAGCAUAUCUGCAAGUUGGCCAUGUGUAGACACAUAGGGUUUACAAAUCAAUCCACUCUCUAAUUACUCCUUGAUGAAGUCUCUAUCAAUAUCGACGUGUGUUGUUUAAUUGUGUUCUAUUAAAUUCUGAGCUAUACUAAUUGCAGACUUGUUAUCACAAUAGAGUUUCAUUGGGCCAUCUCACUUAAUCUCCAAGUCUUCUGAGAUGAUCUUCAACCAAAGUAGUUCACAUAGACGUUAAGUCAUUGCUUAAAAUUCAACUUCUACACUAGAUCAUAACAUGCUGUUUCUUACUUCUCCAUGUCAUGUGGUUGCCACUAAGAAAGUUGCAAUACCAAGAGGUUGAUCUCUUCUCAAUCACUGACCCUACAUAAUCUGCAUCUGUGUAUGCUUCAAAUACCGACCACCCUCUAUUCUCCUGAACAUAAUACCUUUUUCAGGUGUCUCUUUGAGAUAUUGUCACACUCCAUGAGUUGUAUGCAGAUGCACUUCUUUUGAACUGUGCAUGAACUGGCUAAUCACACUCAUUUGUGUAUACUAUGUCUAGUCCUUUAAGAGACAGAUAGAUGAGUCUUCCUACAAGUCGUUGAUAUAUUUCCCUCUCUGCUGACGCAUCCGCUUCUUAUGAUAUUCCCUCAUUUUGAAGGUAUAGAGUGAGGAUUGAUUGAAAGAGUCUGUUACGUUAUCUGACCUAAACCUUUUGACAUUAGGAGAACAAUUCCGAAUUAAUUCUUAAUCAUGGAACAAAAAUUUGGGAGGACAGUACUGACUUGAGAUUUUUGUUUGAGCAGAAAAAUCCAAGUAGCACGAGUACAAUCAUCAGUGAAUGACACAAAGCUCCUAGCCCCAGAACCAUUAGGAACGGUAGGACACAAUAUAUCACUAUGAAUAAAAUAGAAAGGAAUAGAACUUCGUUUGUUACUAAUGGGAAAGAUAUACAAUUGUGUUUAGUAAGUUGCACAUGUCAAAAUGAAAAUAUUCAACACUUGGGACUUGAAAUAAAGAAGGAAACAGAAUCCUGAUAACCCUGAAUGACGGAUGUCCAAGUCAGCGAUGGUGAAGUCAAAGUCUCUCCUUAUUGGAUAAAUGAAGCUCAAGAGAAUAAGGUAACUUUCCCUUCAUAAUGUUUGACUAGCUUGGUACUUUGAUGUAGAGGAGUCCAUCCCGUUUUCCAGCAUGUUCAAUCAUCCUCUCCGGAUUCUUAUCAUACAAGACAUAAUGACUAUGAUGAGAAACUACUUUCCCAUGUAAGUCUUGAAUAAACUUUCAGAUAGACACAAGGUUUGCGGAGAAUUGAACAUGUUCUAAAGUCAAUGGAAAGAUUUAUUUGAAAAUGUCCUACACCUGCUACAGUAAUCAAAGAACCAUCAGCUGUUGCUAUUUUCCUACUGAAUCCAUCAUCCAGAAGUCGGCAAAGAUUGUACCAGAGGCAUUUAAUCCAAGAUAGGAUGGAAGCUCUCUUGAAUACGCCAAUGAAGAAGCAUUUGUGAGUUUGUCACAACUAUCAAUGAACGAUCUCACUCUCUCGACCUCUUCUUGGUUGAGACUACCAGACUCCUUUGGUCCUGCUUCAUUCUGAUAUACUGUCAUGACAUGAGCUUCACCAUUGUUCUUUGAGCUACCUGACUCAGAGAUUAUCCAUGGAGCUUCGAACACCGUACACGAGUUGUGGCUGAAUUAUUGUCACCUCUGGCCGCCAUAGUUGAGGUGUGUGCAUACUGUGGUUCGAGCAUCAAGCCUUUUCUGUCUUCCUCUCCUCGAAUCAGUGCAAUGUACCUCAAAUCAUAGAGCAGUUGCUAGUUGGCCACAGAAAGGGAAACAACUACCUAGGUCAAGGAAACUGACCGACAGAAAGUAGCUUCUGAUCACACGUUUUUCCUGCAGUUUUAUUUCCAUUAUUUUAUCAAUUUCUAUUGAUAAUUUUUUUCCUUUACCGCUGUUCUUUUUUUUUAAUUCCCUGUCCUUCUUUAUCAUUUUUAAGAUUAAAAAUGUGCUUAUUUUCAUUUAAUUUAAAUAUAGAAAAAACAAAGCUUCUAUAGCAUAAAAUAAGUGUACACCGUUAGGCUUAAGAGCUGCAACAUGUCUGCCACUUUGAGAUUUUUCUUCCCCAAGACUAGUACAGAACAGCAUUUAGACAGUCUUGGGUUUACUACAACUAGAACAACAUACAGGCUCAGAUUUUCGUCCCUCACGGAUCCCGUGUUCUUCUAGUUGGUCAUAUCAAGUUUCUAGGUUAUGAUUUGAUCCUGGGCAAGUUCACAACUUGUAUCCUGAUGCAUCACAUCACAUCACAUCACACCACAUCACAUGGGCUUGAAAGGUAGUGAUAGUCCCCAGGUUUGCCUGGCUCAAGGCAACCUAGAACAGUAAGUUUGACAGGAAAUCCAGGACACGGUCAACUAUUCAGGCCUACCUCUUUUCAGGGCGACUCCCACCAUUCUGCCGUGCCUCGACCUUGGGAGUAUGCGUUUCAGGCUAUGUCUCUGCCCAAGACGUGUUCAGGCAGAAUGAGGCACAAGUCCAGUUAGUAGUUGUCCCACUUAAUGAAAGGAGUUUGGAAAGAUGAACCAAUAGAGUGCAAGGUUUGGUGUUGACUCAGAAUUGGCAAUCUCACCAGGAUCAGCCAAUUUAGGUGACUAUUUAUCAUGGGGUAUAGCUGAUUCUGGGAAUCUCUCUCUCUCUCUCUCUCUCUCUCUCUCUCUCUCUCUCUCUCUCUCUCUCUCUCCACCUUAUCUUCUAUCUUCUUCAUGUUCUCUGGGUCAUCAGAGUGCUUCUCAUAAGACGUUGACCAAAAUGCGUGCAAUACUUAUCAGGCAGUCAGUUUUUAUUAUAUUUGGUACGGUAGUCAAUGAUUUAUCCUACUUAAUGUGAACUAAUUAUUGAUUGAUUGAUUGAUUGAUUGAUUGAUUGAUUGCACUCUGAGCGUCAUGUCGACUUCAGGUAGCCGAUACUUGGGACUCGCUUGAGGGGUGGUUGGACGCCAUCCGCCUUGUCUACACCAUCUAUGCGCGAGGGCAGGGCGAUGUUCUUGCUGGCAUCAUAACUGGGUAA